UGGGGUGGCAUAAAGAAGACGUUUGUGGAUACUUAGGGACUUGACACAGAAGCCUCCAUCACGAAUUUAGAUUUACCGUGGUUCACAUCUAAUUUCAUGGUCGAUUUCAGACAGCACAUCUGUAGGUAAUGGGAUGCUAUAGUUUCAGCACCUGGACAGCUCCUUUUCGUGAAGCCUGUAUUGGACCCAUGGAUCGCCUAGCGUGAUCGAGGGGGAAGCACCGUGAUCAGGCACGAGUUGUGCAUUUUGCCGUCCUCCCGUUUCGAAUAUGUUGUUAUCUUGGCAAUUGUAUGGUCGUAAACACUUGACAGCAUCUUGAUGAAUGAUGGUGCUUGCCGUAGAAACUGGGCUUUUUUGUUGUGCCCUGGAUUUAAAGCAGCAAUACGGGUGCUUGGUCAAUGCAAAUCUGGAGAGAAUCGCAGCCUACACCACACAGCCAGUACCGAUCAUCCCUCACACUGAUCAUCGGCGAGGGAGAAAUUGCCAUCAUCAUUACGAGGGCGUAGGAGUCACGACCAUACUUUCUACAAUGUAGAGCGAUAAAGGUGUGGAAUGAAGUCUCUGCCGUGGUGAAAUUAUUAAUCCCAAUCUGGGUCAUAUCUCGUGGAACUUUACUCCAAACAAGACAACAACAUGAGCAACCCCCAGCCCCCCCCCCAGGCUGGAGCCUCAGAGCUGGAGGUGAUCUCCCAGCAGGCGGAGGAGGACAACCAGUGUAUGGCCCCCGUCCAGCUGGUCAGCUUCACCUAUAGAGACCUGCCCCUGGCCGCCUUGGACAUCUCCCUGGCGGGCUCCCAGCUCAUCUCCAACCUAGACGAGGAGGACAACAGAGAAGGGUCGAACUGGCUGAAGCCGUGCUGUGGGCGGAGAGCUGCCCUGUGGCAGGUGUGUCUGCUCAGUGCAGCCUUCAACUGGUUCCUGGUGGCCUGCGUCCUCCUGGUGGUGCUGCUGCUGGCUCUGGAGCUACUCAUCGACAUCAAGCUGCUUCAGUUUAACAAUGCGUUCCAGUUCGCCAGCAUUAUCCACUGGAUCAGCCUGGUUAUCCUGUCUAUGUUCUUCACUGAGACUGUGUUCAGAAUUGUGGUGCUGGGGAUAUGGGAUUACAUAGAGAACAAGGUGGAGGUCUUUGACGGUGCAGUCAUCGUGCUGUCCCUGGCUCCCAUGGUGGCGUCCACAGUGGCCAAUGGCCCCAGCAGCCCCUGGGACGCCAUUGGCCUCAUCAUCAUGCUGCGGAUCUGGAGGGUCAAGAGGAUCAUUGACGCCUACGUACUGCAGGUAAAGAUGGAGAUGGACCUGGAGAUCCAGCAGUAUGAGAAGUCCAAAGCAGUGAGAGAGGAGCACCUGGAACGUCUCACCCAGAUCUGCCAGGAGCAGGCCUUUGAGAUCCGUCAGCUGAGGGCCCACCUGGCCCAGCAGGACCUGGACCUGGUAGCGGAGCGGGAGGCGGCCAUGCAGAUCCACCACGUGUGGGGCAAGCAGAGCAGCAGCUUCCAGGAGGUGACCGGCUUGGGCCCUGGGGGCCCGGAACACCAUGGCCAGGCUAAGGCCAGGGAGGCAGGGGCCAAUGCAGACCGUAUCGUCCAAGAUGACAUGAACAACUAUAUCAGCCAAUACUACAGUGAGCCAAGCAGUGACAUUGGCAUCCCAGACCCAGCUAACCGUGUGAUCACCACCGCAGCCAUCGACGUGCACCUGCCCAACAACCCCAGCCAGCUGGCCUUGUCUCUGGUGAGCGCAGACGCCGUCCCCUCCAGCCGCCUGCAGAGGACGGUGAGCUCUGUGAGCGAGGUCUCCACCAUGGCGUCUCACUCUGGGAGCAGCAUCAGCGGCCGGCAGGCCAGCCUGAGCAGCCACACACUGGGCUCCACCACUGACUGCAGCUCUACCGUCCGGGAGGCCUCUACCUCCACAGACUACAGCGGCCAGCGCUGCUACCCCCCACCCUACUGCAGCCCCCUGGCCCUGGGGAGCAGCCAGCCUCGGGGAGCGCCGGGCGCUGUGGUGCAGGAGCUGCUCUACUCCCUGUCGGAGGACUCCUGUCUCACCCAAAAGGGCCUGGACCCGGUUAAUCUCAAGCUGCCCAGCCCCGCUGGCUCCGUCAAGACGAGCCCAGAGCUGGAGCACAGGCUCAACAUCUACAACAAGAGGAACCAGGAGAGGGCUGGGCUCCACACCAAGCCCCUCAUCCAUCUGCAGAGCAGGGCACCUCUGCUGGAGGAGAAGUGCAGGCUCAUGGAGUCAGCAGAAUCUGCCGUCCGUUGCCUGCCUGAGACAUAGUUGUAGGAGACGUUGUCUCUCGUCAUGUCUCAAACAUAACAGGAACUUAGUUGGGUAAGCACACAAGCCCACAAGUCUCGUCCGCUGAACUCCUUAUUUUGGAGUCACUGGGUUAAAAUGUGGAUUCUGUGCAACUGCAGCUCCAGAACCAGGAAAAGGUCCACUAGUGGGUAAGCACCAAACUUCUAUCAGGAAUUGAACAUUUCUAUGAGUAUAUGAACAAGUCACCAACUAAUAACCAGCAAAUGACAAUUUGCCUAAUCUCCUGAACAGGUUAAAGAAGACAGUUGACUUGACAUGGAAUGUAUGGUACUUGAGGUUUGGCUCCUCUUACACUUUCUAAGGGAUUGGACACACUUGACUGACAUGGCAUCUCACAGGAUAUCUGGUGUGAAUCUAGAUCCUCUAUUACAAGACAAAUGAAAUGAAGUGUACAUUUGACACAAAUGUUCAAAUCAGUCUCGAGACUUAAAAGUACAGUCCUUGAUAGCACUGCUGCAGAGUUCAAAAGUGUUGAGCUCCAUUCAACUUAUUUCUUAUAUUUAUCUUUCUAUAUUAUCAAUGCUAACAUUUGUAUUCAACUUCUAUGGGGGAAAAGCUCAGUUAAAAUAUUUUUAAGAGACUGUGUAUGAGCAGGAUUUUCAGCUACUAAAACUUGAAGGGUUGGUUAUUGAGUAUGUUGUCAAGUAUUAGUCAAAAGGAGAGAAAAAGUAUUAUAGCAUGUACCUUUAAAAGAUCUGCUUUAAAUCUGUGGCAAAUAAAUCCUUUGCAUUUUAUUGUUGACAGGGAUUUUUUGUAGAAUGAUUAUGGAAAUCACUGAAGAAUUAAACAAAUUAAAGCAAACUUGGGG